CUGACUGUCUGAGUGAGUGAGUGAGAGUGAGAACACACACUCGCAGGUUAGUGCAUUUAUACUCUGGAUAACUCUUUCAAAACAACCUGCAUUAAUAACAAGCUCGACACUGUGAAAGAUAAGACAAAGCUCGGCUGUUACCUUUGUUUGUUGAUGUAACUAAUAAAACUGUAGACCGCUGGAGUUAAAAGUGAGACGUAAAACAAUACGUAAAAAAAAAAAAAAAAAAAAAAAAAAAAAAAACUAGACUGGAAUGGACAAGGAGAAGCGGCGGGCCUGCUGGCUUGUUGGCCGCAGCUGGGGUCUGUUCCGAGAAGGUCUUCCCGGUUUGAUGUGGGGCAUGCAACCACUGGUUCUGGUUGUGCUGGUAUUAAUACUGUCUGGGCUCGCUUCUCCGGCCGAGGGAAAGGAGUGCGACAAGCCGUGCCUGAACGGGCAGUGCAACCCGACAGUCGGCAAUUGCAUUUGUGAGCCCGGCUGGGCUGGGGACCAGUGCCAGCAUUGCGGUGGUAGAUUCAGGUUGACUGGGUCAUCGGGAUUCCUCACAGACGGGCCUGGGAAUUACAAAUACAAAACCAAGUGCACAUGGCUGAUUGAGGGCCAACCUAAUACUAUUCUGAGGCUGCGGUUCAACCACUUUGCUACAGAGUGCAGCUGGGACCACUUGUAUGUGUACGACGGGGACUCUAUCUAUGCUCCUCUGCUGGCCGCAUUCAGCGGACUGAUCAUCCCCGAGAAGUACGGUAAUGAGACAGUGCCUGAGGUGGUCUCCAAGUCUGGCUACGCUCUGCUGCACUUCUUCAGCGACGCUGCCUACAACCUGACCGGCUUCAACAUCUCCUACCGAAUCAACACCUGCCCCAAUAAUUGCUCUGGUCGUGGGGAGUGCAGGAUCGACAGUGGCGACAGAGGUGUGUACUGCGAGUGUGCGGCGCACUGGAAAGGAGAGGCGUGUGAUAUCCCGUACUGCAUGGAGGACUGCGGCCUCCCCCAGCGCGGAGUGUGCCACGCCAACACCACCAAGCGCUGCCUCUGCAAACCGAGCUGGCAAGGUCCUGACUGCUCCAUUCUGAUGCCCACAAACGAGUCAUUCUGGACUAGAGAGGAGUACCCUAUCCGCAGCCUGGCACGGGCCUCGCACAAGUCUGUGGUGAAUGAUGGCAUCAUGUGGGUGAUUGGAGGCUACAUGUUCAACUAUUCCGACUACAAGAUGGUUAAAGCGUACAGUCUGAGCUCUCAGGAGUGGUUGCCUCUGAACCGAUCUGUGAACUCUGUUAUCGGUAGAUACGGGCACUCACUGGCACUGCACGAGGGCAAGAUCUAUAUGUAUGGCGGUAAGAUUGACUCCAGUGGGAACAUCACCAACCAGCUGUGGGUUUUUCACACCGGGAACCAGUCAUGGGUGCAGGUCAGCCCCAAGGCCAAGGAGCAGUACGCCGUGGUGGGGCACUCGGCACAUAAGGUGCAGCUGGCUGAUGACAGUGUGGUCAUGCUGGUCAUCUUCGGACACUGCCCACUGUACGGUUACAUCAGCAAGGUGCAGGAGUACAACUUCGCCACAAACACAUGGAACAUCCUGAAGACUAACGGUGCCCUGGUGCAGGGAGGCUACGGACACAGCAGCGUCUACGACCCCAAAACCAGGGCCAUCUACAUCCACGGGGGCUACAAGGCCUUCAGCGCCAACAAGUACGGGCUGGCAGACGACCUCUACAAGUACCAGGUGGACUCCCGCAUGUGGACCAUCCUGAAGGACAGUGGUUUCUUCCGCUACCUCCACACAGCCAUCAUCGCGAGUGGAACCAUGCUGGUGUUUGGGGGGAACACUCACAACGACACUUCCAUGAGCCACGGGGCCAAGUGCUUCUCAUCCGACUUCAUGGCCUAUGACAUCGCUUGUGACGAGUGGUCUGUGCUGCCCAGACUAGAUUUGCACCAUGAUGUAAACCGGUUUGGACACUCUGCAGUCUACAGCAACAGCACCAUGUACGUGUUUGGAGGUUUUAACAGCCUGCUCCUGAGUGACGUACUGAUGUUCACUCCGGCAAGCUGCGCGGCAUUCUCCAGCAACACUACCUGCUCCGCGGCCGGGCCUGGGAUCCGUUGCCUCUGGAACUCCCAUCUGGACCGGUGUCUGCCCUGGGAGGAAGCAAGUCCCAAGGAGGAGCAGCAGGUCCUCUCCACCUGCCCAGCCAAAGCAUAUGCUGACAAUGAGAAGUGUGAUCAGUACACGGACUGCUACAGCUGCACAGCUAACACCAACGGGUGCCAGUGGUGCAACGAUCAGUGUAUCUCAAUGAGCAGCAACUGCACAGCGGUGCCAGGCCCCAUCGCAGAGUACGAGACCUGCCCGAAGGAUAACCCUGAGUACGUUUGCAACAAGAAGACAAGCUGCAAGAGCUGUGCCAUGGACCGGAACUGCCAGUGGGAGCCUCGCAAUCAGGAGUGCAUCGCUUUACCAGAAAAUAUAUGCAGGGAGAACUGGCGUCUAGUUGGGAACUCCUGUCUGAAGUUCACCACAGCCAAAGAUAAUUACGACAACGCCAAGCUGUCCUGCCGAAACAACAACGCAGUCCUGGCCUCCCUCACCACCCAGAAGAAGGUGGAGUUUGUCCUUAAGGAGCUGCAGAUCAUGCAUGUGCUGUACAAAGCGACAGUGACCCCCUGGGUGGGAUUGCGGAAGAUUAACGUCUCGUACUGGUGCUGGGAGGACAUGUCCCCUUUCACCAACACAUCCCUUCAGUGGCUCCCAGGGGAGCCCAGUGACGCAGGGUUCUGUGGGUACCUGGCUGAGCCCUCCCACACCGGCCUGAAGGCAGCCACCUGCGUCAACUCUGUCAACGGCAGCCUGUGCGAGCGCCCAGCGAACCACAGUGCCAAGCAGUGCCGCACCCCUUGUGCCCUGCGCUCGUCCUGCAGCGAAUGCACCAGCGGUAGCUCUGAGUGUAUGUGGUGCAGCAACAUGAAGCAGUGCGUUGAUUCCAACGCAUACGUGGCUUCCUUCCCAUUCGGACAGUGCAUGGAGUGGUACACCAUGAACAGCUGCCCACCUGAUAACUGUUCUGGCUACCGUACAUGUGGCCAGUGCUUGGACCAGCCUGGGUGUGGAUGGUGUACGGACCCCAGUAACACAGGGAAAGGGCAGUGUAUAGAAGGCUCGUACCGAGGUCCGGUCCAGGCUUCAACACCCGGCUCAUACCAGGAACCAGCACGCAACGUCACCAUAUGUCCAUCUGAGAACAAGUACAACUGGUCUUUCAUUCACUGUCCAGCAUGCCAGUGUAACGGCCACAGCAAGUGUCUCAAUGAAAGCACGUGUGAGAAGUGUGAGGACCUAACAACAGGCAAGCACUGUGAGACCUGCAUCUCUGGGUACUAUGGAGAUCCCACCAACGGGGGCACCUGCCAGGCUUGCAAGUGCAAUGGCCACGCCUCCAUCUGUAACGCCCAGAGUGGGAAAUGUUUCUGCACCACAAAGGGGAUCAAAGGAGACAAGUGUCAUCUGUGUGAGGUGGAGAACCGUUACCAAGGCAACCCUCUCAAGGGCACAUGUUACUAUACCCUCCUCAUUGACUACCAGUUCACUUUCAGCCUGUCCCAGGAUGAUGACCGCUAUUACACAGCCAUUAACUUUGUCGCUACGCCUGAAGAGCAAAACCGGGACCUGGACAUGUUUAUCAAUGCAUCUAAAAACUUCAACCUUAACAUCACCUGGGCAACUAGUUUUGCAGCUGGCACACAGGCAGGAGAGGAGGUCCCCAUCAUCUCCAAGAGCAACAUCAAGGAGUACAAGGACAGCUUCUCCAACGAGAAGUUCGACUUCCGAAACAACCCCAACAUCACCUUCUACGUCUACGUCAGCAACUUCACCUGGCCCAUCAAGAUACAGAUUGCCUUCUCUCAGCACAGUAACUUCAUGGACCUGGUGCAGUUCUUUGUGACGUUUUUCAGCUGUUUCCUGUCCCUGCUGUUGGUGGCGGCAGUCGUGUGGAAGAUCAAACAGAGCUGCUGGGCAUCGCGGAGGAGAGAGCAACUCCUGCGUGAGAUGCAGCAGAUGGCCAGUCGUCCCUUCGCUACCAUCAACGUUGCCUUGGAAACGGACGAGGAGCCCCCUGACCUCAUUGGUGGGAGUAUCAAGACAGUCCCCAAACCCAUAGCCCUGGAGCCAUGCUUCGGGAACAAAGCAGCAGUGCUCUCCAUAUUCGUCAGGUUACCACGGGGGUCAGGAGGGAUUCCCCCACCAGGGCAGUCAGGACUUGCCGUAGCCAGCACACUAGUGGACGUGUCCCAGCAGAUGCUUCUCGCGUACAAGGAGAAAUCUGGAGCCGUGAGGAAUCGGAAACACCAGCCUCAAGCACAGCCAGGGACGUGCAUCUGACCUUUGCUUUGACCGUGACCCUCAAUAUGAACGUUGAUCAAGGAGGAUGGGCAGGGGGAGGGGAUGGGGAAACUGUACGGAGGCUGGGUUAUGGGAGGCCUGUGUAGAGUUCUCAGGGCUCCUGUCAUUGAGGUUCAGAAUACUAAAUAUUGAAGCUAUCAGUGCAUUUAACUGGCAAAACAAAAUGAAGCAGGGAUAACUUUUACACAGGAACACUCUAAGCCUACCACAGUAGUUCAGACAACCUGCUUGUUGCACUGAUGGCUUCAAUUUGAACACUAUUGGAAAACUGUGAUAUGAACCUAGCUGAUACAGACUUGAACUGAACAAGGAAAGGUAUUCAAAACUCAAACCCCUUCUGGAGUCGUGUAAGGUGCUUGCCUCUCAUCUCGGCCUCCUUCAGUUGUUGUUUAUUGCUUGACCAACAGGAUUUAUUUUUCUUUCUUCUUUUUUUUCCUUAUAAAUAUUGUUAGUGUAUUGUAUUUAAGACUCUAGUUUGUUCUGGUGCGACAAAAAAAUACAACAUGUCACAAACACAGCACCCCCUCCUUUUGGAGCUCAUAGCAGUUCUGUUUGUCAACAUUAGUUGAACAGUCAGGUAUUGAUUUAGAUGUUGAAGCAACAGGGUCUUCUGGGCAGUCAUGUCUUCAUACAGUAUCAGUUUGUUCCAACAGGAAUCAAGCACACGUGUUCUGAACUCUUGUGUGAGCUAGUUUGGAUUAAUAAUUAACCUGCAGCUGCCAGUGUGCCAAUACCUUACGUGACCUAUUUAAAUAGAGUGCUCCUGUAUUUGCAGGGAUUUGAUGGUUGACCGUUAGAAAGGCUAGAUCUAGAGACGAUGUCUUUUAAGUGCUUGGUUAGUGCACGCGAGGUAAUAGUAUUAAUAUAUGUUUAGUUUAUUAAAUGCAUUCAACUAGGUUUUAACCUGUUGUUGCAAAUAUAGGGAACUUGUCUGUAGAUAUUUUGUAAAAUAGUUUGCCACUAGCUGUACAGAAACGUUAUGUAAAUGAUAAGCAUUUGUAAUUAAGUUAUUUUAACAAGGUCAUUUCCAAAGAUAAGAGACUUGUUACCCAUGGUAGUGGUGCUGAAUUACAAGGCAGUUGCUUCUCGUGGGCGCUGCUUUAUAAAAGGGGGGGGUUAGACUUUUCCUUUUCUUUGAGUGACUAG